GGUUAAAUCUGUAUCCUACAAGAAGUAUUUGAUGGAUUAUUCCUAGAUAUUUCUAAGAACUAAAUACAAAAAGUUACUCCAAUCUGACCACCACAGGGACGUCAUUAUUUUAAUGUUGAAUACUCAGACCAGGGUGCCAUGGAUGUGAAAGAAAGGAAGCCCUAUCGAUCUCUGACUCGGCGCCGUGACACUGAGCGCCGCUACACCAGCUCGUCAGCUGAGAGUGAGGACAGCAAGGUACCCCAGAAGUCCUACAGCUCCAGUGAGACCCUGAAGGCUUAUGAUCAAGACUCUAGAUUGACCUACAGCAAUCGGGUCAAAGACAUGGUGCACCAGGAGGCUGAUGAAUUCUGCCGAGCAGGAGCCAACUUCUCUUUGCGAGAGCUGGGUCUUGAAGACGUGACACCUCCACAUGGGACUUUGUACCGGACUGAUAUUGGGCUGCCUCACUGUGGCUACUCCAUCAGCGCUGGCUCGGAUGCUGACACGGAGGCAGAUGUGGUCAUGUCUCCUGAGCACCCCGUGAGGCUCUGGGGACGCAGCACCAAGUCUGGACGUAGCUCCUGCUUGUCAAGCCGGGCCAACUCCAACCUCACCCUCACAGACACGGAGCACGAGAAUACUGAGACCGUAUUAUAG